ACAUCAUCUGAAGGGCAAUGAAACCCACAACAACUGUAUUAAUUGUUAUUGUAGCGUUUUUUUACGCUGUAUGUCGUUCUCGUAAUAUAUUUGAAAGUAUGUUUAUCAUCGAUACGCCAGAUGACCUCAGUGGUCUCGCAUUUGGAAAUAGAAAUGCUGUGGUCUUAAGCUAGGAUGUCGGUCAUUGUACUAUGAUUAAACUGUCCUGAUAUUUGCAGCUAAUGUUGAAAUGAACCACGGAGUCGGUACGCUGCGUCGACUAAUGUCGAGAUACGAUUUUAAUCUCACAAAGAGAAUCACAUUUUGUUUUCUUCUCUGCAUCGUUACAUGCACAAAGCCUCCAUAGAUGCAUGAUAUGCUUUUAAAAUGGUGUCUGCGUUUAAUCGUCAAGAUCGACUUUGUUCAUUCAUAAAAGCCGGCUUCAAGUCUGAAUGACAACGGUAGACAUUGUCGUGGUGAAAAGGGCUUCUCCUAUUUCACGUAGCUAACAUGAAACUUUCAUUUUCAGUUACUGAGAAAGCUACAAGUGAAGGACGCUAUUUUGUUAUAUAUCUAGUCGAUGUUAUUAUUCAGCGGCGUCCAUCAUUGUUUUCACUGUGUAUCUACAUGAUUACUGUUUACGGUCUAUUUGUAGCAGUAGCUUAAUUUUUGUUUCCCAUAGGUUAACUGGUGUAGCUGGCUACCACCAGCAAGCUAGAAAAUAACACUUCCGGUAAAACAUUUCGAAAUAAAAGACUAACGGUCAAAAACGUAUUUUGAUAGAUCCGGUUCUUGGAAUGGUUAAAUAAAAAAAAAUUUUUACUCAAGUAACAAAAUUAGAACUAUAUUCAAAGACAUGCUUGAAUAUUUGAAAUAAAUAUGGAGUGAGACAAAAUUCUGAAAGUGCACCUUAAGUAAAAGUUUAUUUUGUCAAAAUAUUUCCCCCAUUGGUCAAUAAUGAAGUUACAUCAUCACACACAUUCAAUGAAUUCAUGUAGAAUACAGUGCAGUUUUUAACUAUUCACUUUUCGAAAAUAUUUUAUUUUGUAUAGUAGUUGCUGGACACUAAUGUGUUAUAUUCCCUUAAUCUAAUGAGGCAAUUCACAUUUAGAUUGAGAAAAUACAGUACUAAGAAACAAUAACAUAAUGUAGAAAAAAUGAUUUAAUCUGGACUUCUUUGAAUACACUUUUAAAACUCAUUUUCUGAAUUGAAUAUAACGUUUAGGGCUUAACUGGGGCUUUUUGAGACUUAACAUCAAACCGGGUAAAGUUAUAUCGCUCUCACUGUCGGUAAAUUUAUUCCGUGACACAGUCGCGCUAACUUCCUGUCUCGUCCCGAACCUUGACGCAGCCGCGUCGUCCUCUGUUUUCCUUGCGGAUGUAGCCCUCGUGCCCCCGGCCUAGACAGGCAGGUAGUGAUGUGGCCGCGGUUCUACGGCGGAGUGAUCUGCGCGACGACAAAGAGACGAUACGUUGUUAGCAGGGAGAUCCCAUUACAGAGGAAGCAUGUUGUAAUAUGGUCGAAACAAAAGCGUAAGAAGCGAUAGGCCAAAAAAAAAAUAAUAAUCCUGAAAUCUAAUCUGUUUAUGCGCAGUAACUUUUUAGUGGAUUUAUAGGCUACUCGCGUGGGAAAUGGAGAAGAAAAGGUGGGAUUGCACUGCUCUCCCCAAGGGCUGGAAAAUGGAAGAAGUGACCAGAAAGUCGGGUUUGUCAGCUGGAAAAAGCGAUGUCUAUUAUUUUAGUCCAUCUGGGAAGAAGUUUCGGAGCAAGCCUCAGCUGGCCCGUUAUCUUGGGAACCAGAUGGACCUCAGCUCCUUCGAUUUCCGCACGGGGAAGAUGCUGAUGAGCAAGCUGAACAAGAACCGCCAGAGACUGCGCUAUGAUAACAACAACCAGAAUAAGGGCAAACCUGACUUGAACACGUCGCUCCCCGUCAGACAGACGGCCUCCAUCUUUAAGCAGCCUGUGACCAAGGUUACCAACCACCCAAACAACAAAGUGAAGACGGAUCCUCAGAAAGCUGUCGACCAGCCCAGACAGCUUUUUUGGGAGAAGAAACUCGGUGGUCUCAAUGCUUAUGACAUUGCAGAGGAGCUGGUGAAAACAAUGGAACUACCGAAAGGCCUGCAAGGUGUUGGUCCAGGCUGCUCAGACAAGACUCUCCUGUCGGCUAUUGCGAGCGCUCUGCACACCAGCGCCGCUCCCAUCACUGGCCAACUGUCUGCUGCUGUGGAGAAGAACCCAGGAGUCUGGCUCAACACUACACAGCCGCUGUGCAAGGCCUUCAUCGUCACCGAUGAGGACAUCAGGAAACAGGAGGAGCUGGUGUACAGCGUGAGGAAAAGGCUGGAGGAGGCUCUGAUGGCGGACAUGUUGGCUCACGUCGAGGAGGCCGCCGGCGAGGGAGAGGCUCUGAAAGACGAAGGCAACAGCAGUGAAGAUAUGGAGAGUGUAUAGCACAGGGAUUUGUUCAACGUCUGCACACACACACGACCAUGAACAGUAGGAGCCACACAGCAGUCCUGCCCCGAUGAACUGUCCCCGUGUAUCUGCGUCCAACUUCACCCCAACUUACACCAGUCCAGUAGAGAGCUGUCUUCCCCUCGCUUGAACCCAAAACACUCGGGAGUCUCACAUGCGUCUGUUCAUCGUCGUUCACUGGACAGGACUCCUCAACAGCAAUUAAAUUAAAGCUCGGUGGACCUUCGACUAGGAGAUUUUAAAUAUUUUCUUGAACUUUAAAAUAUUAAAUAACUUAUCUAUAGUGUGUCAAAAUUAGUGUUUGAUGAAAAGAGUGUUUUUUACUGAAAGGCUUUGAAUGGGUUUGUAUUUUUCGUGUCAAAUCCAAACAUUUUAUGUCGGCAAAAGUUAAAUUGGGUGCUUUUUUUUUUUCUUUUGUUUUUGGGCAGAUUGGAAAUGAAUGUUGUGUAAUUUUGGCACGUCUCUGUCCUGAAUUUUAUGAUGCACUACACGAGUUGUCUGACACAAAACACCGUCUUUUCUAGUGGAACCGUUUGAGAUGUAACUAUACCGAGUUGGGCUAAUUUAAAUCGGCAUCGGGGCCAACCUGCAUGCCGGCUGACGAUAUAGAUGCAGACGGUGUAGUUCACCCACUGGGAGGGGACAGUCAAGUUUUUAUUGUUGUAAUUUCAAUGAAAUAUUGUACUUCGUGACCGCUGUGUCGCCCUGUGAGUCGUGUCCAGUGUUGACCAAAGAGGAGACAUGUCAUUUGGAAGAGGGUUGUGUGACGUGCGUGUAACUAAAGUCUGCUUGGUAUUUUACCGUAAGCGAUUUAUAUCGGCGCUGCCGUCGUGCAACUCAACGUGAGGAAAGUAAAAAGUAUGCGUUGAUAGGGCUGGACGAUGUGGAGAACAUGGAAUAUCAAGAUAUUUGUGAUGAAAUACCUCAAUGACGAUAUUGUAGGGUUGACCCUUGGUGCUUUUACUAAAUAUUUAAGCAAAGAGCUUUUUGAUAAAUAAUCACCAGUAAUGUGGAUAUAUUGACUAAGUGGGUAAAGGCAAAUAAUAGAACGGCUACAACAGUCUGGCAAUUCUGGAAAAUUGCAUGAUUUGACUGUAAUGCAGCCUUUAAAACCAGAAAAAGACAACACUUGUACCAUAUUACGAUAAAUAAAUUCUAAGACGAUAUCUAGUCUUGUACCACAAUAUCAAUGUAUUGCCCUGCCCUAUAUGUUGGGGCUGAGCACAAUGGGGGGAAAAAAUGACCUGAAACCUCUUUCUAUUGUAAAAGUAUUGGGUUUAAACCUCAACGUCAUCGUUUUAGGUGCUUUCUGAUGUUGAAGCUGUUUCUGCUUUGUUUCUGUCACAGUUUCUAUCCACGUUUUUCUGUUUUUGCGUGUUUUUUUUAAUGUGUCAAUGUUACAACACACAAGCUGCCUCCUCUUAAACCCACGCACAAAAUUGGUGACGCCGCAAAUUAGUUAACAUUGAGUUUAGAUGUAAUUUAUCAUCUGAGGAUUAAUGCUUUUGUAUUUUUUAUCCCCGUCUGUCGAGGUGUGAUGGUGAAUCAUGUACCCAGUUGAAAUCAUGAAAAUCCCGUCUCUAUAUCAGCAGGCUGAUUGCUGAAAUGAAUUUGAUUGUGUUACAUAUUAAAAUGAGUCCACAUGUCAUAAA